GUAUAUGAAGUAAAAUAAAAAGUUGGUUAAGCAUAAUAAAGAAAAUGGAUAUAAUUUGGGCCGAAAAGAAAGAAGAGUAACAGUGAUCGAUGGGAGAAUGGAGCAACGCAGAGAGAAAAUGCUUAAACCUUCUCCAACGCAAGACAAACAGCUUCCCCACCCUUCUCCAAAUCCACGCCUUCAUCCUCCGACACUCUCUCCACCACAACCUCAACCUCCUCGCCACCUUCAUCACCACCUGCGCCUCCUCCACGCGCCCCCUCCCCCUCCUCCGCCACGCGCGCCGCCUCUUCGACCUCGCCCCCACGCGCGACACCUUCCUCUGCAACUCCAUCCUCGCCGCCCACCUCGCCGCCGGCCACUUCUCCGAGCCCCUCGCCCUUUUCCGCACCCUCCGCCGCGGAACGCCGCCGUUUGUCCCCGACGGGUACACCUUCACCGCGCUCGUCAAGGGUUGCUCGGCGCGUGCGGCGUUGAGAGAGGGUCAUCAGCUUCAUGGGUUGGUGGUAAAAAAUGGGUUUUGCUUUGAUUUGUACGUGGCCACUGCGUUGGUUGAUUUGUAUGUGAAGCUCGGGAGUGUGGGGUGUGCGCGGAAGGUGUUUGAUGAAAUGUCUGUGAGAAGCAGGGUUUCGUGGACUGCGGUUAUUGUUGGGUAUGCGAGGGGUGGGGAUAUGGGUGAGGCUAGGAGGCUUUUUGAUGAGAUGGAGGAGCGGGAUGUUGCGGCUUUUAAUGCGAUGAUUGAUGGGUAUGUGAAGGCGGGGUGUGUUGGUUUGGCGAGGGAGUUGUUUGAUGAGAUGAGGGAGAGGAAUGUGGUUUCUUGGACUAGUAUGGUUUCUGGGUAUUGUGGUAAUUGUGAUGUUGAGAAUGCCAGGUUGAUGUUUGAUCUUAUGCCGGAGAAGAAUUUGUUUACUUGGAAUGCCAUGAUUGGGGGUUAUUGCCAGAACAAAAGGUCUCAUGAGGCGUUGGAGUUGUUUCGUGAGAUGCAGGUGGCGGCGGUGGAGCCGAAUGAGGUGACUGUUGUGUGUGUUCUUCCUGCUGUGGCUGAUUUGGGUGCUUUGGAUUUGGGUGGUUGGAUUCAUAGGUUUGUCCAAAGGAGGAAGCUUGAUAGGUCGGUUCGUGUUGCGACUGCUUUGGUUGAUAUGUAUGCCAAAUGUGGCGAAGUUGCGAAAGCCAAAGUGGUUUUUGAGGAGAUGAGUGAGAGGGAAACGGCUUCAUGGAAUGCUUUGAUAAAUGGUUUGGCUGUCAAUGGAUGUGCGAAGGAGGCGUUGGAGGUGUUUGCGAGGAUGAUGGAGGAAGGGUUUGGGCCGAAUGAGGUGACUUUGAUUGGGGUGUUAUCUGCUUGCAACCAUUGUGGUCUGGUGGAGGAAGGAAGAAGAUGGUUCAAUUCAAUGGAGGGGUUUGGAAUUGCACCUCAGAUUGAGCAUUAUGGUUGUAUGGUUGAUCUUCUAGGAAGGGCUGGAUGCUUGGAUGAGGCUGAAAAGUUGAUUCAGAACAUGCCUUAUGAUGCUAAUGGGAUAAUAUUGAGUUCUUUUCUGUCUGCUUGUGGUUACUUUAAUGAUGUUUCGCGGGCAGAGAGAGUGCUGAAAGAGGUGGUGAAUAUGGAUGAGGACGUUGCUGGAAACUAUGUGAUGUUGAGAAACAUAUAUGCUACGGAGCAAAGGUGGACAGAUGUGGAGGGUGUUAAGCAAAUGAUGAAGAAAAGAGGAACGAGUAAAGAGGUUGCUUGCAGUGUUAUUGAGGUUGGUGGUAGCUUUAGAGAGUUUGUGGCUGCUGAUGACUUGCAUUCGCAUGCGGACGGUAUUCAGUUAACCUUGGGGCAGUUAAGUAAGCACAUGAAAGUUGAAAUAAUCUAUUGACAAUAGAAACACGAGAUAGCUGAAAGGAGAAUGAUUUGACUAAUUGUAUUCUGCAACGGAUUCUUGGGCUGAAAUUUUGUUGGAGACUUUAUUCUACACUGCAAGAUACAGGAGAAAUGUAUGUACAGAUCAGGAAGAAAUAUCACGUAAUCAAAGUGACAUGUGGUCUCACACACACACAAAAAAAAAAAAAAAAAAAAGACGUGUUGGAUUUGGA